UAAGCAAUUGUUCAAGUGCUUCUGAAGUUAUUUUUAUUUAAUCCACUUGAAAUAUGUCUGUAUAUAAAAGCAGUGAAAUAGUAACGGUACUCAAAAGUGAAAAAAAAAUGCUGCACCAAAUCGUGCUAGCCUUGUUGGUUGCUAUGGCAUUUGCCGAUCAUCAAAUAUGGCCUGGCACCAGUACCAGGCCAAUAUUAUCUGAUGCUGAAGCUUCAAAGUACACCAAACAAGCCUAUUUACAAGGAUGGACUCCUGGUACCAUAUCAACUAGCAGAGCUGACUACACUGUAGGCAGUGGUGGUUUUAGUACCAUCCAGGCAGCUGUAAAUGCUGCCAUCAACGCAGGAGGUACCACAAGAAAAUACAUAAAAAUCCUGCCAGGUACCUAUAAUCAAGCAGUUUUGAUACCAAAAACCUCUGUGCCCAUAACGAUUUACGGUACCAAAGGUAAUCCAGAUGAUGUCCAAAUUGUUUUAUCACAAGGUGCUAAUUUGAGUGGUUCCGAAUACGCUCAGCAAGUGAACCCGAACGGUGCCGUCUACAAAGAUGGAGAUCCGGCUUGGUCAAUGUACAGUUCUUGUGCUAAAAAAACUAAAAUUGGAACCAGUUGUUCUAGUAUCUUCUGGGCCAAAAACGACGAUUUCGAAAUCGCUUACGUUACAAUCGAAAAUCCUUCUUUGGACGGUCAGGCUGUAGCUGCCAGAGCCGAUGGAGACAAACAAAACUGGAACAAUAUUAACUUUUACGGGUUCCAAGACGUUUUAUUUGCAAGUGGUAAAAGAAUCUACUUCAACAAGCCUAUUAUCGUUGGAGACGUUGAUUUUAUCUUCGGAUCAGCUUCGGCUGUAUUUGAAGGAGCUCAAAUCUUUGCCAGAGGCGACAGGCCUAGAGAUUCGGCUAUAAUUUUUGCCCCUAAUACAGAAAGCAGCCAAAAGUACGGGUUCUUGGUUCUAAACAGCAAAAUUAUGGCCGAUAUUAAUAUAAAGGCUAAUAUGAGCUGUAGUUUGGCUAGAGCUUGGGAUGCUAGUUCGAGUAAGGAGCCUAAUGGCCAAGUUGUUAUAAGAGAAACUGAUAUUGUUGAUGUGGUAAAUUUGAUUGCGCCGUACGAUACAGCCACAAGUGGCAGGAAAUAUGCAGGAAAUUCAGCCACCAAUAGGAAUUUGGACGAUAGUCGGUUUAACAGGUUCUGGGAGUAUAAAAAUGUUGGAGCUGGUGCUUAAAAUUAUCGAUAAUAAAGAUAUUUGAUAAUAAUUGUGUUUGUUUUUUCUUUUUGGUUCGCCGAAAAAAAGGAUUCCUUAAUUCAGAGAAAUGCGAACUUCAUUCAAUAAAAUUGCGACUUUGGAUAUGGCCAAGUGAAUAUU